GAAGAAAGAAUGCGUAAGUAGUAAUGUGUAAGGAUGGUAUUGUACAUUGAGAUGUUGUAGUGCUGUGACAGGAAGUGAGGACUGUAGGGGUGGAUUGCCUCUGUAACGAAUGCAAAAAGGUCAUUUGAAAGAGCGAGCGAGAGAGAGCCUUAGAGUCACAGAAAUACCACUGAACAAGGAAUUCCCCCGCCUCCUCUGAUCCAGCCAAAAAACCAAAGAUCUAAUUUAAGAAGGAAAGGACAGCGCAAACAGGAAGAGGCUUGGACAAGAACAGAAGAAAAAGAGAAGGGGCGGGAUGCAAGAGGAAAACAGAGUGGAAGAUAUUGAUAGGCUGGGACUCGCAGGAAAUCAGGAGGAUUAGAGACUCUCUUAGAGCAAGACAAGAUGAAGCCCAUUAAAAAGCAAGAAAGGCGGUCUCCCCCAUCCACUCGCGCCAAGGGAGUUAAGAGGAGGACAGCGGACAGUAGCCCACAGGAAGAGAAGAGAGAAACAGAGGAAAAAACCCAAAUUUCACCUACCUCUCCCAAGAGACAUAUCUCCUCAAAUUCUGACUCAUCACAGGAAGGGCCACUGAGAAGAAGCGGGUCUCCGGAAAAGGAGGGGGUCCUCAGUAUAGCAGUGGAUUUCGGGAAGACAGAGGAAUGCCCCGGAAGCUCUAAGUCUGGCGGAACACAGAGUGACAGCAACAGUAGCACGAUCAGCGCCAGCAACAGCCCCAACACUUCUAGUCGCAAGACGGCCACUUUUAAGGCCCGUGUGCCUAAGAAGAAGUACACCUCGGAGCACUUUGCUGGAAACCAUGGCAACGCCAGCACUCCCAGCACACCCCCACAGAGCAGCAGCAGCUCUCAUAACGGAAGUGGUGCUAAUCAGGGCCCAGCUGCCUCUGCUGCACACACGGACCUACACGGUCAAAGCCAGCUGGCUGAGGACAGCAUCACUGGGUACGGACACAGCAGUGUAACAGGGCCUACAGGUAGAACUGCAGGUGAGUGCGGAGAGAGGGACAGGCCGAGCGCAUCCAGCCCACAGCGUUGCUCCUCAACCGACACAGCCAGCGAACACUCGGCUGACCUAGACGUGACAGCUUCAAGACGUGAUUCUCACUUCAACUCCCAAAAGCCACAAGCACAUAGCACUUUGACAUCCAUGCAGGAGAGCCUGUCAUCUGGUCUAGCCGGCGUCCUCGCCAAAGGUCUCAAAAAUCAGAGAGUUCUGGCCCGACAGGGUCCCAGAUUAGGGGAAGGCUGGCCUCACGAUCGGGGCCGGGAAAUGUCUGAUGUGUUUCGCACUGGAGUUGUGCGGAGAGUUAGCGAGGAGCAUGGGAUUGUGGAGGUACAACUAAAUGGAGAAAAGACCAUAUGCAAGUACCCAUUUCGAGUGGCUACUGAUUCUGUUGACCUUAUUCUAGAUGCGUCACCUCCCGGUGUGGCCCCGGUGGCUAUAGGCACACAAGUCUGCAUCCCCUUCGGAGGAGGUGACGAGGGCAGUGAGGGAGCGCAACCGUGGUACAGAGAAGGUAUAGUCACUCAAGUAGAUCCACAUCCAGCUGUGUCUUUCCCAUACCGUGUUCAGCUAAGGGAAGAUCGGUCUGAUGAGAGAAAGGAGAGGAGAGGUGUGGAAGAUGACGGAAGGGCUCAGGCCAUUUGGGUCUCACGACAAAAUCUCCGCCUCCUGGUUCCUCCUUGGGAUUUAGAGCCGCCCCAGCCAGCAGAGCCAGGGAUUGAUGGUAGGAGGGUAAGAGAACGAGAGUGGGAGGAAAGAGAGGACAUGGAAGUGGAGCAGGAGGUGGUUCAACUGACUAGACCAACGUUUGUUCAGAGUUUGCUGCAACCUUACCCCUCACCCCAUUCUUCUUCUUCUGUCGUUAACACUGCCAUCACAUCUGUAUUCAGUGUGGCCCCAAACAGAGACUGGGAAAAUCACAGAGAGAAGGAUCAGGAAAGAGACUUGCAUAGGCACUUAGAGAGAGAAAGGGAACGAGAAAGGGAGAGGGAGAGGCAAAAGCAUCAUCCUCUUCAUUCAUCCACCCCAGAUGGGGUGGACUUGGAAGUCAGCUGUCUUAGCCAGCUAAGGGAUGGUGGCAUCACUGCCUUGGGAAGCAAAGCUCUGGGGGCUCCUUCUCAGCAUCGGCCCAUUCUUUCUAAACCAAACUACCUCAACCCUCACCUUUCUGUGGUGAGAGGGCUCAGCACCCCGAUUGCACCCCACCUGCCUCUUGCUCCUCACCCAAAUCACCCCCCUAUGCUCGUGGGCCUGGAUUCAGUCACAGGUGCGGCAGUCAUCUCCUCCACGUCCCAGCUUCCUCCCUUGCCCCCAAGCUCUUCUCGAGGCUCCCUGGACAAGACCCCCAGCUCCAACUCGCAUGGUGCAUCAGGGGGUGGCUCUGGAUCCUCGUCCUCUUCGUCACGUUCCCGCACACCCCUCACGGCCGCUCAACAGAAGUUCAAGAAGGGCGAUGUGGUGUGCACUCCUACAGGCAUCCGCAAGAAGUUCAACGGAAAGCAGUGGCGAAGACUGUGCUCACGUGAAGGCUGCUCGAAGGAGUCGCAGAGGCGCGGCUACUGCUCUCGGCAUCUCUGGCAUUCGUUGGUUCCUUUUCUGGAGACCAGCCAGACAAAAAUGUCCAUGCAGCCUUCAGAUGGCCAAACACUUGUAAAUCAGAGCAAAGAACCUCGCUGUGGAGUUGCCCUUGUGACUGAGGGACCUACUGACCAUCCAGCCCCAGAGAGAGGUUCCCCGUCUUGCCCCCCUCCUAUUGCUGAAGACCCACCCGUGGAGAGAGGAGGUGACAGUGAGACCGAGAGUGAUGCUGACGACCUUUUUUUCCCAGCUCAAGACACUGCUCCAUUCACCAGCCCAGUGAAAAGGCGCACACAAUCUCUCAGUGCACUCCCAAAAGAAGGUGACAAGAAGAGGGAAAAGGACCACAUCAGACGGCCAAUGAAUGCAUUUAUGAUCUUUAGUAAGCGGCACCGUGCGCUGGUUCACCAGCGGCACCCCAACCAGGACAACCGUACUGUCAGUAAAAUACUGGGUGAGUGGUGGUACGCGCUGGGACCCAAAGAGAAGCAGAAGUACCAUGAUCUUGCCUUCCAGGUGAAGGAGGCUCAUUUCCGAGCUCACCCUGAUUGGAAAUGGUGUAACAAGGACAGAAGGAAGUCCCUGUCUGAGGGCCGGGGAACUCCAGGGGCCAAAGAAGCUCGAGAGCGCAGUGUGUCUGAAAGCACAGAGGCCCAUUCCACAUCUCAGGGGGCAGACCACAAAGGAGCAGGGCCCAGCUGGACUUCACCUCGGUCUGACGCUCACGGAGGAUCAAUGGGAGGGCAGCUUCAACGGCCUCGCGCCUUUUCCCAGAGCGCUGUGCAUAUUCUGGAGAGGAGGGAGAAGGAGAGAGUGCUAGAAAGCACGAGACUGUUUCAUCCCCGUGCCCCUGCUCACCCUCGACGACCGAGUGAGGAUGUGACCAGUGAUGAAGAGCCUAUGGUGAUCUGCGAGGAGGGGGAUGAUGAUGUUAUAGAAGACGGCUCCAUUGACCUGAAGUGUAAAGAGAGAGUGACAGACAGCGAUGACGAAAACGAGCAUGCAGAUGAAUCUGACAGCAAGCGCACCUUCCAACCAGUCCAUUCCUCUUUGGCGUUCUCUCCGACUGGCACAACUGGCAACAAAGACAACGAAGACGGGCGUGAAAAGAACCUGGAGAAGAAGGAGAAGAGAGGCAUGGGUGGUGCAGAACUGGAUAAUGGGGGGCCCAAAGAAGGGAAAGGAGGAGGUGGAGGAUGGCAGGUUCCGUUCCAUGUUAAUUCGGCCUCCGUCACUGGUAUAAAUGCCACUUUGCUGCACGAUGCCGGGACAUACUCUUCGCAAGGCGCUGUCAGGAUGGCCCCCACCGUGGUGACCAAUGUUGUCCGUCCCAUCACUAGCACCCCUAUCCCCAUCGCCAGCAAGCCAACUGAUGGGGGUGUGGCUGUUGGGACUCUACCUCCGAACGGGAAGCCCAAGCUACUGAUCGGAGCAGGAGGAGGUGGGUACUUUCCCUCCUCUUCUCCCAAACCUAAUGGCCAAGGAAGCUUAGUAACUGGCCUAGUCCUGGGAGGAGCCUUCCCAAACCAACCCACCGUUCAGCUCAUCACCCCACCACAACCUACUCCAUGCAAUGGAGCCCCUAGUAACAGUGCAGUACCCCUUCCCCUGCUUCAUCACCAGUUCCUCCCUGCUGCCUCCAUUACGCCCCCUAGUAGCGGGAAACCCAUAACACAGGUGCAGUACAUCCUUCCAACUCUGCCUGCAGCUGCCAAUCCCAACAGUCCCUCCUCCCUGCAGACCCAGCAGCCCUCCAGCAUCCUUACCUUGCCCAGUGCCGCACCCACCCAUGUGAGCCUGGCCAAUGGUGUACAUUCAGGGGCGGGGCAAGGAAUAAGAUAUGCUUCAGUCGCAGCAGUGGGAGGAGUCAGCGCGGGAGGUGGAGGUGAGAUUUGGGGCAGACUUCCCUCAUGUUCAAAAUGUUCAAUAGGUCAGCAUUGUGAAGGGAAGGAGGAUGGAAAGAAAGGGAGCAAAAUGGAGCUAGAGUCUGAGAGAGACGUAGGAGGGGACCCGUCUCAAGCAGAGAGAGCUGAGAGAGCAAGAGCGAUGGAAGGGGAGACAGAGAGUCAAGCUGAGAUCAACAGCAAAGACGAGAGUCGAGAGGCAGGACGCAGGGAAGCUUCUGUUUUCGACCCCCCACCACCCCCUUUGCAGACUGACCCCCCUUCAGUUAAAAAGACCAAGUUCCGCCCACCGCCACUGAAAAACACCACUGAUGCUGGUGACAAGGCGCUGUUUGGAUCCUCUUUUGAAGAGCGUCUUAAAGAGCUGCCGGAGUUCAAGCCUGAAGAUGUGCUGCCCUCUCCCAAUCUACAGAGUCUAGCAAGUUCCCCUAGAGCCAUACUGGGCAGCUACCGCAGGAAGCGGAGGAACUCUACAGAUCUAGACUCCGCCGACGACCCCAGUUCACCACGGAGGAAGAGUCGCCGCUUGUCCAGCUGCAGCUCAGAGCCCAACACGCCCAAGAGUGCUGCCAAGUGUGAAGGGGACAUCUUUACCUUCGACAGGGCUGUUGGAGAGACGGAGCAUAUUUCGGAGGAGUCGGACCGUGUGCCGCAUUCCUCUCUGCGUAGGAUGUUGGACCAGCGGCGUGCGCUCGUUAUGCAGCUCUUCCAGGAGCACGGCUUCUUCCCCUCAGCGCAAGCCACAGCUGCCUUCCAAGCUCGCCACUCGGACACGUUUCCCAGCAAGGUGUGCCUGCAGCUGAAGAUCCGCGAGGUAAGGCAGAAGAUCAUGCAGACUGCCGGCAGUUUUGAAAGCGUGGGAGGCGUGGCCAUUGGAAGCUCUGACUCCGCCUCUACUCCCGGACCAUCCAAUCCAGCGGCCAGGGAGAAUUCCGAAGCGGACGAGAAGGGCAGGGCCACGGAAGAGCCAAAGAAAGACGCGGGCGAUCCGCAGGAGUCGAGAUGAAGAACGACGGAGGAGACGAGCGGAACGAAAGAAUGAAAGACUAAUGUAGGGAUGGAUUCUAGAAAUGUGUAAACCCAUUUCCGCUGGCGAUAUACAGUGCAGCACUUAUGUGGAUUUUGCUUCGUUCCUAAUCGAACUGAUUUCGUUGCCAUUGCGUUCACUUCGUUGAUGUUCUGUUGUUAUGCACAGUUACACACACACACACGCGCACACACACUUUAUGCAAUUACAUAAUAAUAUCACUUUCACACAUUAACGACUUGCACAAGGAGCGCAUGAGGUCGCACUCAUUUGCAUAUGCCACUCGUGUUAGGCCGUCAUUGGUCCACCUCUGCAUUAGGGCGUGGCUUUACUUUCUGUCGGAAUUUUAGUGCCCUUCAAUGCUGCACCACAGGCAGCACCAAACCAGCCUGUCUGCACACGCUCAGUAAAGCCCCCUGCGUGGGGCCAGCACAGAUUUUUAUCGAAUGGACUGAAUGUUUUAGACGAGAAAUUAGACUGUUUGAGGUACCGGUAACUUUCAAUCCAAAACAGGGAUGGGCCAAAACGGGGACGGGGGGGUAGGGGGUACAAAUGCGCUUGCACUUUCAUUUGUAAAGACCGAGAGACGGAGGAAAGCAAUAGCCGGGGGAGGAGAAGGGUCUUCGUGCGAAUGUUACGCUCCCGUGACGGGGGACAUGCAUCGGCUGUUACUGUUCUUCAGCACGGGCUGUAAAUUCACAGGUUUUUUUUUGGUUUUCGUCCCAGAAGCAACAAACUCAAGACUCGUAAUCACGUAGACCAGCGGAGCAGAAAACAGAGGCUACGGCGACCGCCACAAUCGCAUAAACAACAACAACAACAACAACAACACAGCACACUCAAAAGCGAGAGAGGAAAACGUUGUCCUAACCUCGAAAAGAAGACUCAAACGAAUAGAGACACUACCCCUCUUCGAAUCAACGUGUAGUUAUGCUUUGUCGUUUUGUUGUUGUGUCGUAACGGUGGAACUGACUGAUAUCCUAUUUUGUAUUAGCUUGCGCCUCUCUUCUUCUUCUUCUUCUUCUUCCUCUAGUAAUAUUUUCAGCAUGGACUAAUCCAGCUAUCUAAGUGUUGGAGCGAUUACAUCGAAAAGAAAAAAGACUCUGGUUUAGCCUCUUAGCUGAAGCUCCUCUUCUCUGGCCACCGACUUAGGCUUUUCGCUGUACACUGUAUAUAUAUAUAUAUAUAUAUAUAACCGUGAUGGCUGGGGAGGGGGGCAGAGGGUGGGCACGAGGCUCUCUCUGUGUUCUUUUCCUCGUUUCUUUCUUGCUUUUUUAUAUUUCAAUCAGGUGUUUGCACAAUAUAUGGUCCUAGACCAUGGUUUAAAUCAGGAAAGUAUUUGUUUUUAGAUAUUUAAAAACUAACCAACGACUUUGUUCCAUUGCGUUCGAUUCUCCCUUUCCGCAUCCCGUAAGGAAAACCCUUAUUUUUUCAUCUCCUUAAGACUUUUAACCCAAGUGUUGAUGGAAAGCGCCACUUUAAGCGCUGGUCUGGAGUCAGAGUAAGCUUUGUAGUCUGCGACGACCAUUUCGAUUCGGGAUUACGCAAGGGAAAGCUGACCCGAGACCAGCGCUGGGGCGGCAUUUCUCAGGAUCUCCUCUUUCUUACUCUGCCUCUUCUUUCAUUGGUGCAAUAGGACGUGGGUGGGAAUUUUUUUUGAAGUAGACGAGUGACCUGUUAGUGCCAUAGAUUUUCACUGUAGAAGCUGUAAUAAAAAAAAUAUAUAUACAUAUAUUGAAAGGAGAGUGGGGGGAAAAAAUCAAUGAGUAUCGAGAGAGAAAUCCAAACUGAACAAACUAAAAAAAAAAGUAACCUAGCACUUUCUUGCGUCUGGUUUUGCUGAAAGAGAAGGAGUGAUGAGUAUAAAAAUGCUACUCAGUCUUCACUUGAAUGUGUGACAAUAUAAAUGUAUAAAUAUACCUAUAUAUUUCUAUAUGUCCAUGAUAUACAGAUGUCUGUGUGUGUGCGAGCGUAUGUACUUAAACAUUACAUGCACCCUGACAAAUCAAACUUACUCCCGAGCAAAUGCUAUUCAUAUUUUCCCUCCUGAAAAUGCAGUGGCACUACAUUAAAAGACUGUUAGGAUAUGCCUGAAAACCGGUGGCUACUGACGUGCGCGAGGAGAAAUCGGCAUAUAAUGUAACCAUUCAGCUCGAUUCUGAACUUGAUUAUUAUCUGCCCUUUCUUUCCCUUCCCCCAGCGACAGACAAAUGCUUGCACACACACACACAUACCUGCACAUGUAUGCGUGUACACCUUAUGAUUGUGUAUCCAAUAAACUGUCUUUAUUUUGGAGAAGGAGUUUUAGAGUGAGAAAGGUGAGUGUAAACUCAUCAACAGGCAUGUUGACCAUGUGCAAUAUUUCUAAACGAGAUUAUUGAAAAAAUUAAAGACCUAACACAA